CUUUCGCAAGUUGCACGAGCAUUGCAUAGAAUCGAUUGUCGCAUUUGUUAGGCAAUAUUAUUUUGGCUCCACCCCUUUAUGUACUUGGAAUUCUGCGGAAGUACUUAUAACAGGGUCCAUCGCAAAAACCCUAACCACUACUUUGGCUCCUUACCACCAUUUACCCUUUACCGGUCACCGUUCUCACCGUUCUCUCCUACCACUAGCUCUUCGCACACGCUGUUCAUUGUCUUCCCUCGCCAUGCCGAUAUCAGACCGUAGCAGAAACGGCUCCCCUCUCCGCCCCGCCUUCAUCGCGACGUCGUCAUACAAACCCGACAGCAUGCAGGUCGCCGACGAGCUCCACCCUGUUAUUCACUCUGGCCGUGUCGUCGUCAUCACAGGCGCCGCCAGCGGGAUUGGCAGGGCUGCUGCGCUGGAAUUCGCCAAGCUUGAGCUGAAGGUCGCCCUGGCUGAUAUAGACGAAGAGAAACUAAAAGCUGUGGGCAAAGAUGUGGCUGCCGUGGUGGGCGAUGCCAACGUGCUCGUCGUGCCCACGGAUGUGGCCAAGCUUGAGGAGGUUGUGAGGCUCAGGGACAAAGUCUACGAGCUCUGGGGUGAGGUGAGGAUCAUGAAUUGCCAGUGGUCCUGCUCUCCCCCUUCAUCACUCCCCCGGCCUCUGGACCCCGUCGCUGUUCUGAUGAACAAUGCUGGUAUUGGUGCUGAAGGCACGUCGUGGGAUGGCAUCGAGAACUGGAAGAAAAUUUUUGAUGUCAAUCUUUUUGGAAUUGUAAAUGUGCAGCAGACUUUCGUCCCGUCUAUGCUUCAUCAAGAAAACCAAGCCAUGAUCAUCAACACUGGCUCAAAGCAGGGCAUCACCAAUCCUCCGGGCAAUGCAGCAUAUAACGCAUCCAAAGCCGCUGUGAAGAGCUUGACAGAGGGUCUGGCCUAUGAGUUGAGGGAACGUCCUCAUUCCAACGUGACCGCUCACCUGUUCAUCCCCGGAUGGACCUUCACACCCCUAGCUGGUUCCCUUCACUUCACAAGCAAACCGGAAGGAGCAUGGGCUCCCGAAGAAACAGUGCUCUACAUGAUCGACAAGGCGCGGAAUGGGGACUUUUAUAUUCUCUGUCCAGAUAAUGAGACGAAGAGGUUAGUAGACGAGCUGAGGAUCAUGUGGAGCGCGGGGGAUAUUGCUGAGGGCAGACCGGCGCUUAGUCGAUGGCACAGGGACUAUAAGGCAUUGUUCGAGGAGUAUAUGCGAGACGGGUUGGCGAGCAGUGAUAGUGGGAGAGCGUGAAAUGGUGUGGUAGAAUCACUGCGUAGACAAUUUGUUCAAGAGACUCUGUAGUAGUAGUACCUUUUGUUCUAGUACCUUGUUUUCUGCUUUGUAUGGAUGGAUGGAUGGAUGUAAAAGAAAUUACCUUUGCAUAGUGAAGAUCGC